GUAACGUAGUCCCGGCACGUAAUUUUCAUUCAAGCAGCAUUUGAAUAACGAAGAUGGCGGCCGCAGCAGUGGUUGAGUUUCAGAGAGCUCAGUCUCUCAUUAGCACGGACCGCAACGCAUCAAUCGACAUUCUCCAUUCAAUAGUGAGAAGAGAUGUGCAGGAGAACGAUGAGGAAGCUGUCCGGGUUAAAGAACAGAGUAUCCUGGAGCUGGGGACACUGCUGGCCAAGACGGGACAGGCUGCAGAACUCGGGGGUCUGCUAAAAUUUGUGAGGCCUUUUCUGAUUUCGAUCAGCAAGGCCAAGGCGGCCCGGCUGGUCCGCUCCCUGCUGGACCUCUUUCUUGACAUGGAGGCGGCGACGGGGCAGGAAGUUGAGCUGUGCCUUGAAUGCAUCGAGUGGGCCAAGACCGAGAAGAGAACCUUCCUUCGACAGGCUCUGGAGGCACGACUGAUCUCGCUCUAUUUCGACACCAAAAGAUACCAGGAGGCCUUGGCGCUUGGCACCCAGCUGCUCAUGGAGCUGAAAAAGAUGGAUGAUAAAGCUCUCCUGGUCGAGGUCCAGCUGCUGGAAAGUAAGACGUACCACGCUCUUAGUAAUCUGCCAAAGGCCCGCGCAGCCCUCACCUCCGCCAGGACGACCGCCAACGCCAUCUACUGUCCUCCCAAGCUCCAGGCAGCCCUGGACAUGCAGUCAGGGAUCAUCCACGCAGCGGAGGAGAAGGACUGGAAGACGGCCUACUCCUAUUUCUUUGAGGCCUUCGAGGGCUACGACUCUAUCGACCACCCCAGGGCCAUCACGUCGCUCAAAUACAUGCUUCUGUGCAAGAUCGUCCUCAACUUACCCGAGGAGGUCCAAGGCCUAAUCAGUGGGAAACUGGGGCUGCGACAUGCCGGCCGACAGACCGAUGCGAUGAAAAGCGUCGCCCAGGCCUGCAAGAACCGAUCAUUAGCAGACUUUGAAAAGGCCCUAACGGAGUACAGAGCAGAGCUGAGAGACGAUCCCAUCAUCAGCACUCACCUGGCCAAGCUGUACGACAACCUGCUGGAACAGAACCUCAUCCGAGUCAUCGAACCCUUCUCCAGAGUACAGAUGGAACACAUAUCGGGUCUAAUCAAACUGUCAAAGGGGGAUGUUGAGAGAAAAUUAUCACAGAUGAUUCUGGAUGAAAAGUUUCACGGCAUCCUCGACCAAGGUGAAGGCGUCCUGAUCAUUUUCGAAGAGCCCCCGGUGGACAAAACGUACGGCGCGGCUUUGGAGACGAUUCAGAACAUGAGCAAAGUCGUGGACUCACUUUACAACAAAGCCAAGAAGCUCACAUAGAGCUGCUUGCAGUGCGACGGAGGAUCUGUGUGCGUUUGAGCAGCGUGUGUAACAUUUUAAGAAGGGGGAGAGCGGCGAAGAAGGUCCCACGAACUGCAACAAACAGAAUCUCCCCCCCCCCUCUCCCUCCAUGGACAAUUUCAUCACUUCUCUUGGUUUUUUUUGUUGUUGUUGUUUGUUCCUCCUCCUCCUGUUCAUUUUGAUAUCUCUUCAGGAUUCUGUAUAACGCUCAGCGGCCAAAUCAGGCCAUCAGGGAUUAUUGUACAACCACAAUAAAAAAAAAGACAAGAUGAAAAGGUUUAAGAAUACAUAUAUGUUUAUAUCUGCUACAAGGUCGGGCUCGCCAAGCCUUAAGCUGACUUCCUCUGCGUUGACCUCUGACUCUGCUGUCAAGAUCUUUGCUCCUCGUCUUUCAGAAGCACAGCGUUUUUGGAAGGUUGGGAGUCUCUUUAGGAAACUGAAUCUAAGUGGAAGAGCCCCCAACCCUUUUUUUUUUCCUCACCAUAUCGACGCCAACCGUUAAGUCCCUUAAGUCUGUAUUUCAGAUACGUAUUAAACUUAGUUUUGUUUUUUUUUGGGUUGUGUUUUUGUUAAAAAAGGAAAAAUCCGAUUGUUGCCACAUGUCUGCCCGCCGUGCUUAUGUAAGUUUGAAAACCGACCCGGAUGCCAUUUCACCACUAGUGCCACUUUUUGGGCGCUUCGGUUAGCCUCAGUGUUUGGGUGCGACAUGAGAGAGAGAGAGAAGAGGGGUGGGGGGGGGGGGGGUGGUAGUCAUCACUUUUGUGCGUUACCCCCCAACGAGUGAUUCUCCUUCGUUAGUUCCUAGCACUAGUGUGGUAUGCUAGUAACCAAACAAUUUGUAUGGUUUUGAUUUGGGUUUGAUCGUUUUUUUUUCCUCUUAUGAAGACAUUUUCAAAAUAAAUUUUGUAUUUUAAGGAUUUUUUUGUCUGGGUUCUUGAAGGAAAAAAAGAAAAGAAAUGGCUGAUGGUAAUUUAACGUAACUCGCGCAGCUAUGUUUUAACAGGGUGAGGCGGCGAAGACGGGAUUCACGUGUUUGCAGAGUGUCUCUGAAAUGCGAUAAAGAGUAAUUGCAGUGUGACCCCCGAAAAUGUAUCAAGUAAAAUCGGAGGGAAGUUUUCAACUCGAGGAACUGUCCUCUGACGCUAUGAAAUACAGAAUUCACCCGAGAGUCUCUUCAUCUUACUGCUGCUAUCUUUGUCACUAAUUUGAAAAAGCAACUUGCAUCAAAGGGCAUUAAAUCAAUUCAAACGUA